AUGUCCUCUUAUUUCAUCUUGUACUGCGGCUUAUGCGUCUCGGUUCUGAAGGAAGUGAAUCGGCUCGUAGACGAACCGUACAUGGAUGAGCCUUUCCACGUACCGCAAGCACAGGCAUACUGUCGUGGAGAUUUUCGUGAAUGGGAUUCGAAGAUAACAACACCUCCUGGAUUGUACAUCAUGAGCUUGAUGUUCAAGAAAAUCUUCCUCUUCAAGUGCAACUUGCAAAUGCUUCGCCUAACUACCACAUUAUCUCUGCUCGCACUCCCCAUCGUCUUGACGCGCCUCCUUUGUUUCCACAAAAGAAUUCGACCACCAUCAUUGUUACUUUCACCGACACCAGAGGCAAUCAUACUCAGCCUUUUCCCAGUGGGCUGGUUUUUCGGAUUUUUGUAUUACACUGAAGUUCCCAGUCUGGUGCUGGUCGCCCUUACGGUCGUCUCGGCUUGUGGUGAUCGACACUGGCUUGCUGCCUUGUUCGGUCUCAUGAGUUGCAGCUUUCGGCAGACGAAUAUCAUAUGGGUACUAUACGCCUUUGCCACCAGUCAACUCACUUACCUUCGAUUCCGACGCGCAACUCCUGCUUCUCCGACUCCUGCCAAACUCCACGAUCCCCUUGCGCUGUCUGCCGGUCCCCGGGACAUAUGGAACGCGAUUAUCAGUACACCAGGCAUCAUUCCUGAUAUUCUACCCUCCUUCGUGCCCUACACGUUGGUCUUAGCCAGUUUUGUUGCUUUCGUGGUAUGGAACGGUGGAAUUGUGCUUGGCGACAAAUCAAACCACAUGCCAGCCUUGCACAUUCCGCAGUUGUAUUAUUUGGCUGCGUUCUCGACUGUGUUUGGAUGGCCAGCCCUCAUCAGUGGAAGUGGAGGUAUCUUCGUAUUAAUUCAAGAAGUCUACAGGCGUAUGUUCGGUUCCAAAAUCCGUAUUCUCGUCAAUGCGAUUGUCAUGGUUGGAAUGUUUGUUACCGUGAAAUUCUUUACUAUCCACCAUCCUUUUCUGUUGUCCGAUAACCGGCACUAUACUUUCUAUGUCUGGCAUAGAAUAUACAUGUCUCACUGGACCGUACCUUAUCUGCUCAUACCAGGUUAUUUGGCAUGUGCUUGGGCGUGGUUUCUGCGUGUUGGCACCGAGCAGACGAUGUUACAAACAUUGAUCUUGCCAAUGUUGGCAGCACUUACCUUGUUUCCUACCCCUCUCCUCGAGCCCCGAUAUUUCUUAAUACCAUACAUUCUCCUUCGAUCGCAGAUCACGGAUGUACCGGACUGGGCCUUAGCCUUGGAAGGUGUCUGGUAUAGUGUCAUUAAUUUGCUGACCAUGGGUGUAUUUUUAUACUUGCCUAGGGAAAGUGUAGGACGUUUCAUGUGGUGA